AGUCGUCCAAAGUUCGGUGGCGCGGCACACAAGAUCUCGUCUUAGUCUGCUUUUAGUGUUGCGGCAGCGAUUACGGAAAUAAAACACAUUUGUGUAGAUAAUAUGAACCAGUAAUUAUUAAAUCUUACAACUUGGCACGACUUAAACGACAGAUAUCAAGUCAACCUAUUUUUUCUCGUUUAAGUCUCUCAAGUCUGCAGAAGUAGAUACAUCUUUAGUUAUCUGAGAACGGAGCGAAAGAAAGCGGGAGACUUUGCCGGGCUUUAUUAAAUAAAUGUAAAUUCGUGGGAUCUUUAAUAUGUGCAUAUGCGCGAGAGUCAAAGCGAGUAUAAAGUGUUCCAGAGUGUGCGUAGAGAGCGUCAAUUAAAUUCAAUAAAUCAAAAAAUAAAUAUGUAAGUUUGUGCUAGCGAAUCCUGAUUUUCGAGUGUGUAGUUUGCCAGUGACUGUGCGGCUCUCAUCAAACCUGCGAUUUAUUGACUUGCCGGAGCAGGAAAAUUAACUUAAUUAACUUUCUAAUACAUUUUGAUGAAAAUUCAAUCACCGACUUAAAAAUGGAUAACUGCCGACUCUGGAUGAUCGUGACGCUGGCCCUGACGUUGCAUCUACUGCCAAGCCUGCUGGUUGAUGGCUUUAACUUUUCGCCGCGUGCAAACCUAGUGAUAAGCACCCCCCGGCAUCUGAGUUUUCAGUUGAAUCAAACGCGCAGCUCCUACUUCGGAUACACCCUUGUGAUACGACCGACAAGUGUCAUUGUGGGAGCCCCGCGAGCUCAGUCAUCCCUGGAGUCACAGCGCCAAAUCAACGAGACCGGCGCCAUUUACAGAUGCUCUUUGACAACCGGCGCCUGCAACCCAUAUGUCCUCGAUCCCAAUGGAAACAGAGACGCUCCGUACAGUGAGUACACCUUCGACUCGGAGCGAAAGGACUUCCAAUGGCUGGGUGGCUCGAUGGACGGCGGCACCAGCGACGAGGACAAGCUGCUUGUGUGCGCCCCACGAUUCUAUGCUCCUAGUGCAAAGGAUUACCAUAUGCAUGGAGUGUGCUAUUGGGUGCAAAACACCCUGGCUAGCAGUCCGCAGCACGUGAAUCGGAUUUCCCCGUUGCGACUAAAGUCGGAUCAAGUGGUGCAGGCAGAUAGUGGCAACGAAAUUAACUUCUACUACAUUCUUGGCGAGCUGGGACUGAGUGCUCAUGUUUCGGACGACAACAGCAAAUUUCUGAUUGGUGCCCCCGGCAUAUACACGUGGAAAGGAUCGGUGAUACUCUAUGGGCGAGUCGACCCUUCAGAAAACCCAAGCGUCAGCCGGCGUGACACUAGUAGCGCUCUGCGCCGAAAGACACGGGAGAGCGACUCCAGCGAAUACACACCCGAUAACUUCGUCCCGGAAAUUCCCAAGCCCCAGAACUGGGGUCAACAGGAUGACUCAUACUUUGGUUAUGCUGUGGCAUCUGGGUAUUUCGACAGCAGCAACCUAACCAAUCUGUUGUACGUGGCCACCGCUCCACAGGCCAACAGGCAAUCCGGCGAGGCAUAUAUAUUCGAUGUGCUGGGCAAGACCAUCAAGAAAUUCCAUGUGUUCCGCGGUGAACAGUUUGGGGAGUACUUUGGCUAUUCAGUGCUCGCCGAAGAUCUCAACGGUGAUGGACGGACGGAUGUGGUGAUUUCAGCCCCCCAACACUCCCAGGAAGACUCUCACGACAACGGUGCCAUCUACAUUUUUAUCAACAAGGGCUUUUUCAAUUUUGAGUCGAAACUGCUGCGAUCACCCAUUGCCAGUAAGGCCCGUUUUGGGACUACGCUAACCCGCCUGGGAGACAUUAAUCACGAUGGCUACAAUGAUAUCGCUGUGGGUGCGCCGUUUGCAGGAAAUGGAUCGGUUUUCAUCUACCUGGGUAGCGAGCAUGGUUUGCGGAACUUGCCAAGCCAGCGGCUAGAUUCUCCUUCGGCAUUGCCCUCAAAGUAUGGAGCUCAUAUGUUUGGACAUGGGCUCUCUCGUGGGUCCGAUAUCGAUGGCAAUGGAUUUAAUGACUUUGCAAUCGGAGCUCCGAACGCUGAGGCCGUCUAUUUGUAUCGUGCUUAUCCAGUUGUCAGACUAAAAGCCACUGUGAAGUCGCAGUCGCGUGAAAUCAAGCCGGAGCAGGACAAGGUGGCAAUCACAGCCUGCUAUGGGAUAACCACCACGGCCACAGCGCCAGCAGUCCAAAAGCAGGAAAUGUCCAUCCGCAUCGUCAUCGAUUCACAGUUAAAACGAGCCAAGUUCACUCAGACACAAAGCCAUGAAAUAAGUUUCACAGUCGACGCAGGAUUGACGGAACAGUGCAGAGUGUUUGAGUGCAUUGUGCGCUACAGUGAGAAGGACAUAUUCACACCCAUCGAGCUGGAGAUGCACUACGAACUAACAAAGAAAGUCCCUGAUUCUGAGGAUUUCUGCCAGACGUGUGUUGCUGUUGAUCCCUCAGAGUCGAAAGUCUACACCGAGAAGAUCAUCUUCAGUACGGGUUGCGCGACUGAUAUAUGUAUUGCUGACUUACAAGUGAAAAGCAAGGAAGUGAGCCCUACCUACACUCUGGGAAGUGGCAGUACUAUCCGCUUGAACUACGAGAUCACCAACAACGGAGAGACUGCCUAUCUGCCACAAUUCAAUGUGACAAGCGUGCCCCACUUGAGCUUCGCUCAGAUACCGGGAAAUUGCAGGGUGAGCGAUACGGGAAUGGUGUGCGAUCUGAACCGGGGACGACCGCUGGCCAAGGGGGAUAGGGAUGUCAUCACUAUUAGCUUCGACGUAAGCACUCUGAGUGGAGUAGCACUCAUAAUAAACGCCGAGGUGUUCAGCACGGGCUAUGAAAAGAAUCCCAUGGACAAUAGGCAGACGAAUGUGAUCAGUCUGAGAGAGUACACCGAGAUAGACGCCACAGGGGGCCAAAUAAAUGGCCAAAUUGACUUGGAACACUACAAAAACUCUGCGGAAAUAAUCAACAAUUAUGAGAUUAAGAGCAAUGGUCCCAGUAUUAUCGACGACUUGACAUUGUCCUUUCUUAUACCCAUAGCGUAUAAGAUUGCUGGAUCGACCGCCGUCAUCCCCAUCAUCAACAUAACUACACUGAAGAUGCAGGCAACUUAUGAUGCUCAGCUGUUGGGUAUAGAGCUGUUCAAUCAGAACAACACCAGGCUGAUCCUCGAUCCAAUAGAAAUUUCCACCCCACGCGGGAUUCAGAGCACGGAGCGAACAGUGCUUAGACAGAAUGGACAGGGAUACGAUAUCACGACGAGUGGGCAUGUUCAUCAGUCUUGGCAAGAGCUCGACGCUGAUAGGGUGGCUACCGCUUCAAUGACGCGGAAGCGACGGGAUCUCAAGGCGCUGACUGCCAACCGUGAGCAGUACGCUCGCAUCUCUAACGCAAAGGCGCAUGACCUGCUCAGCGAGGACUUUAAGGGCAAGCUGCCGGUGAAUCGCACAAUUGUGUUUAACUGCAGGGAUCCCGACAUGACGAUCUGCGUACGGGCCGAGAUGCAUGUAUACAACUUUAGGGCGGAUAAGCCUGUCAACCUGAAUGUGCGUUAUUCCGUGGACCUCAAUGAAGUCAAUGCUAUUUUAUUGGAUCCAUGGGAGUAUUUUGUCAUCCUGACCGACAUGGACUUGUUGAAAAAGGGAGACCUGUCCGGCAGCUCGUUCUCCAUCAAUCGGAAGAUUGAGCCAAAUGUGAUAUCCAAACAUCUGCAGUCGCGCACUCCCAUCUGGAUCAUAAUUGUAUCCAUAAUCGGUGGAUUGCUUCUGCUCUCAGCGAUAAGCUAUGCCCUCUACAAGUUCGGCUUCUUUAAUCGAGCUAAAAAGGAGGAGCUGAAUAGACUGGUGAAACAGAGCCCCGACGAACCCGAGGCUGAGAACCUAAAUAGCGACGGCAAUAACUAACUUUUGGCGAAAACAAGCUGCAAGUUUCACUGAUACCAAAUCCUAAUAUUAUAAUUUAAAGACGCCUUUACAAAUUGUUUAUCUACACUGAGUAUGUUCCACAUGCAUUUAAGAAACGAAUCGAAAUCGAUAAGGUCGAUAAACGAAUGUCCUCACAAUUUAAAUGAUUGCUGCACGCUUAUGAACCACGAAAGCAUUGAAUGUUCUAGUUGGUUUAACUUCCUAGUGGUCUAUGAUAAGUGUCUUGUAAUUUGUAGUUCAACGACAAUUAGUUUAUGUAAAAAAGUGCCUCGUGUGCAACACAUACUUUAUUGCCAUUUGUUUGUAAAUAUUUAUUAAACAUUUGUAAUAAUCAAUUGUUUGAAUAGUUUUAGUGGAUCUACUGUACACUGUACACUGUCAACUGUAAAACCGAAACUAGUAUAUUUUGAGCACAAUAAAGCUUUUGUAGAAACUAUUUUAGUAUUACAUAUAAGAGGAAGUAGGAACGGUGCAGCCGAAAUUUCUAAAAUAUCAGAUUUUAUACCGAAAUUAAGAUUUUAUUUGUGUGUUUGCAUAGAUGGUACAGAUAGAAAAUGAUCAGUGGAAAAUGUGUGAAUUCAGGGAAUUUGAUUUUAUAUUGAGGAUAACAAGUUUUAAAAGAUGCAUAUAACAAUAAGACAACUUAUGUGACGACAAAUUAAAAAUGCUUAUUGGUACAAAUGUACUUUACGUUUAAGCAUAUUAAUUAGAAUCGGUAAAAUGCAGUUAUUAUAAUUAAUUCUAAGUCUCGUACAACUAAUUAUAGUUUUAAUACAAAGUAGCCCAACAUAAAAAGUUUUAGCGAUCAUUUAAAACACCAUUUAUUUCAUAUUCACAGUGACAUUUGAAGCAGUCGAAAAAGGCUGCUAAACAUCAUAUGUGUACAUACAUAUGUAUGUACACAUACACAGAGUACACACAUGUAGUUAUUUCUUAUGAACGAUUAAAAUGGAUUAACUAACUAAUUACACUAUACGAGAAGUCUGGCAGAAAUACUUUUGAGUAGGUUUUGCUGAAUUAAUUAUUUAAUUUUGUCGUGGUAUGUAAGUGUACCGACAGUACAUAUGUACAUACAUAUGUGCACGCUUGGUUAUAAUAUGUUUGUUGCUGGGUAAAGUAGUGUAGUUGCUCAAGAUAUGUAAGUGUGGUUGCUUGAAAAUUGCAUAUGUACGAGAAAGACUGACUAUGGCUAGGCCUUUUUAAAAGUAUCGAACGUGUGUUAUCCCUUAUUUUAGCAAUCCAUAAUAAAAUUAGUUUGUGAUUUUUCGAAAGUA